UAGAUAAAAGUCAAUAUGGGACAGGAAAUUUCAAUGGAGGAUUAUGAGAGCGACAGCUCGCUACAGAGUAUCCUUCAAUACCAGGUACAGGGAGAUGUGGUGAAGAUCCAGAUAGAACAUCUAUCAGAGAGGUGGAUCCUACGAGCUUGUGUGGCGGAGAAGAGAGCAGCACCCUAUGGAAGACUGAGGUCAGAAUGUGGUGAACCUCUGAUACAGAAACGAGAUCUCAACUCUGUCAUCAACAAUCCUAAGUAUCGAGAUGGAUUUCCUGUGCCAUCUACAACUGAUGAUUUAAGCACCUUUGAUGAAGAAGUUUUUGAGAGUUGCACUCGUACUGUUGAAGUUCCCCUAAAACCAAAAAAUCAGCGAGCUGUGUCCAUCCCAAACCUCAGUCACAUUAGGUCAAGGUUAUCCAGUAUACAACUGCCCUCAAAGCUGCAUCUUCAAGCACCCUCAAAACCUAAGUUUCUGGACAAACUUUUCACCAAUGUUGGACUGAGUAAGAAACUACAGGGCCGAACCAGAAAUGGUCUUGUGAUUCAGACAGUGACAACAGGAACAGCCGACUCCGAAAACUCAGAGGAGGAUCUAAUAAUUCCACUGGAGAGAGAUUCACAGGGAUCAGUGAGUGAACCACAGACAGAAGUUAGCUCCCCUUGUGAGGAAUUUCAAGAAAAAACCACGCAGUCCACACCGAGUUCUCCAAAAUUAUCGGGCAUUGUUAAACGGAGACUUUUAGAAUAUCAGCAAAUUGGGGCUGGGAAUAGUGGACCAAGAUUGCGAUCUUUAUCAACACCUUCUUCACCAUCAUUUAAAAAACGAGGAUUUGUUCAUCCAAGUCCGCAGGCAUCUUAUAAUUCAAAGGGGGAUCCCUCUCUUUCUGUGUUCUGUUCUGGAUUGUCAAGAAAUGAACAAUUUCGGAAAACCGUCAUGUCUAAAGGAUUUGUGAAAGCACUUGUUAACCAAAUAGAUGGUAAUUCUCAAAGUCCGGGGAUAGAGGAAAAACCGAAUGAUAAAACAAAACCUGCAAACUCAGAAUGUGAGAAAAAAGAAGAAGAAAAAAAUAUUCUAGAAAUUCCAAAUGUGAAGCCCUCAGAUGUUGUGAAAAGUCAGAAUUCGCCAAGAAUCUCCAAAAAGGAUAUUGAAAAAUUUGUGAAAACACCACCCUCUAUUCAUAAGAAACCUUCAACCAGACAUGGUAGUUCAGAUCAUUCAAACUGUUCAUCGGGGACAACUAGCCCUGUGCUUUCCCCAUCAACCAAAAAACAUGUGUUCAACAGUCAUCGGAGUUCUAACUCCUCACAGAAAAGUAGUUCCUCAGACAAUGACGUUGUGACGUCAUCCCCCAGAGCUUCCCGCAAAAACAAAGAAAUUGUUUCUGAGGAAGCAGGGAAUACUUAUGACAAUGUUGAAGUGGUGGCAGAGAAUGAAAGUAAAAGGGACAUAAGCAGUAGUGACAAAUCUCUGAGUUCUGGUUUCUAUAGCAACGGAGUAUCAUCAGUUGGUCAGGAAACUGGAGGGGAGGAGGAAACGAUCAAGGAGGGGACCAGUAUUGGCCUUGACCCCGCAAAAUUGUUUGACUCCAGUUGGUCUGAUUCCGAUGUUGGCAGCUUCAGUGAGUUUGAUAGUGACCUGGAAGAAGAACACCCGGUAGAGGUCAAAGAGGAUCCAAAUUGUGUUGGGGAGUGUAAAAUUAAGAAGAUAGCUUCCGAGUUAUUACAGACCGAGGCAGCUUAUACCACAAGGCUUCAGCUACUGGAUGAAACUUUCCAGAAGAAAUUCCGGGAGGAGAAUGAGAGCCAGAAAUUUCUGCCGCCGGACAUCCUGCCUCAGAUCUUCUCCAACAUUACCAGCAUCCACCACUUCCACAAGGACUUCUUGCUGCCUCAGCUUCAGAAGCGCAUGGCUGACUGGGAAGCACAGCCAAGGAUAGGAGACUUAAUGAAGACCAACGCCCCCUUCCUGAAGCUGUACACAGAGUAUGUUCGUAACUUUGACCACGCCAUGAACCUUAUCAACACAUGGACGGAAAAGUCACCCAAGUUCUUAACUCUCCUCAAAGAAAUCCAGAGCUAUCCAGAAUGUGGGAAGCUGACCUUACAACAUCACAUGUUAGAACCCAUACAGAGAAUUCCUAGAUAUCAAUUACUUCUUAAAGAUUACAUUAAACAUCUUCCAGAGGACUCACCAGAUUCACAGGACGCUAAAUCUGCUCUGGAGAAAGUAGAGAUUGCCGCAAAGCAUUCAGAAGAAGCCAUGCGGAAAAUCGAGAAAUUCCACAAGUUGUUAGAAAUCAAAGAAAAAGUGACCACCACCAUAGAUCUAAUAAGUCCCACCCGCGAGUUAAUACGAGAGGGAAAAAUUAAAAAGAUCUCGGCUCGGGGUGGAGAGAGGCUUGAUCGGUAUCUAUUUCUGUUUAAUGACCUACUUUUGAUUUGUGGGGAGUUGUUGCUGGGAAGUUACAAGUUAAAGGCAGAGUUAACAAUUGAUGGAUUAGAGAUUGAACUUGCGGAAGAAAAUAUUACUCAUGCUGACUGGAUUCUAGAAGGAGAAAAUAUAGACAUUCCAAACACAUUUUAUGUUAAAAGCAGACACAAAAUUAUCCAGUUUCUAGAUGAAAAUCCUGGAGAGGAGAACAGUUGGUGUGAGAGCAUUAAGAAUGUAAUUAAGGAAUACCGAGUCAGAAAACCCUCUGUCCGACUCACAGAGUUACCACCAUGUAAUGGGGGAGAGGUUACUGAAAGUGACCUUGGGAAUGUGGCGCCACACUGGAUCAAGGACGAUGAAGUGUCAAUGUGUCAGCUGUGUAGUAAAUCAUUCACCGCGCUGAAACGGCGACAUCACUGUCGAGCUUGUGGCAGGGUUGUGUGUGGAAAGUGCUCAUCUAAGAAGAGUAACUUGGCCUAUGACAACAACAAGCCAAACCGAGUCUGUGAUAAAUGUUUCCACAUCCUUAAAAAUGUUGAUGGCAAGGAUGUCGGCAUGAAAGCUCCGAAGGGAGUCCGAAAGAUGAAUGCCAAUGAUCCUUCUAUCUUAUCUGGGUAUCUCAAUAAAAGUAUGGACCGCGGGAAGACCUGGACCAAGAGAUGGUUUGUCGUCACCAAGGACUUCGCAAUGUUUGAGUUCAAAGCUCACCAGGAUAUAUAUGCCAUAGCAACCUUGCCACUACCUGGUUACCAGGUGAUAUUUCCCUCUGACAAUAUGGAGAAUGUGUUCUGUCUGAGUCACCCUCAGAAAAUGCCACCUACCCACCUACAAUCAGAGUGUGCAGCCAGCCGUGACAGAUGGGUUGAGGUUCUGAAAAAAAUGGUAAACUUAGAACUUCCAGAUGAUCCAAACCGAAACUCGACGCACUCUUCAGAGAGUUCUGGAAGUCAGACAGCAGACGACAAACAGCAGGACACAGCAGAUAAACAAGAAGGAGCAGACGAAUGAGCACGGAUCCAAAACAUUGCCAAAUCAUGCCAGAGGACAUAACUUUAAGAGAAUUUCUGAAUUGCCAAGAUACAAAAUAUAUGCAAGGGUCACAUGUUUGAAUGAUCUUGUCUGUUACUGGGUGUUUAUGUGAAAAAGUUAAGUUUUAUCACCCAACAAUGUUGAUUUUUAACAACAUUAAAACCAUUCUAAUCUAAAACAGCAAUGAAUUUCCAUUUAUUUCAUUAUUAACACAUUAUUUGAUUUGUUGUUAUAUAGAAUAAAUGAGCUUUGUAUAAUGUGAAUAUUUAUUUGUGAAUUAUUAUUUGUUAAAGCUUUUCCUGAGUAUUUAUUUUGGUUUGCCCAUUGUGGGAGUUUUUUGCUUUUAACAUCAUGCAUUGAAGAAUGAUUUAAUUUUAAACAGUGAGUGAAUAAGCAAGACAGAGGAAUGGUAUUUUUCCUUUUUAUCACAUUUCAUUCAGAGGACAUAGUUAUAUAUUCUAGGUCAGUACAUGCAGCUUUUAAUUAACUUUAUGUAUACAGUUAAGGCCGUUUUUUUGUGCAAUGAUUUUUUUAACUUUUAAGUUGGCUUUUUGAUUACAUGUGUUUAUUGUGUAUAUGUUUUUGUUAUGUGAUAAAAGCAGUUCACAGUUUUAUUAGAUUUGCUUGAAAUGCUACAGAAGUGUGUUUCAGAUCUCUGUGCUGUUACAUAAUUUCAUCAUUUUUUAUACUGAAAGGUCAAAAUAAUAAAUGUUUUCAUAAUGACAAAAAUAA